AUUAAACUCUCUUAAAAAAACCUACAUUAGAAUUUGGCGGUGGCUAGUGAACGCAUACAACAGAGAAAAACCCUAGACUGAUUGUAUCGACGCUAUGGGAACGCCGGAAACUUCCAGGGAACCUUGCCCCGAUCGCAUUCUCGAUGAUAUUGGCGGCGCUUUCGGCAUGGGAGCUGUUGGUGGUUCAGCUUUUCACUUUAUUAAAGGUCUUUACAAUUCUCCCAGGGGAACCAGGAUUAUCGGCGGUACUCAGGCUGUCCGGAUGAAUGCGCCGCGCGUCGGUGGAAGCUUCGCCGUUUGGGGUGGUUUAUUCUCUGCUUUCGAUUGCACCAUGGUCUAUGUCCGCCAGAAGGAGGAUCCAUGGAAUUCAAUUAUCGCUGGCGCCGCAACCGGAGGUUUUCUUCAGAUGCGACAGGGACCUGCAUCGGCAGCUCGUUCGGCGUUGUUUGGCGGCGUUCUGUUAGCUUUGAUUGAAGGAGCUGGAAUUAUGCUCAACAAAGUUCUGAGCCAGCAACAGAAUAUGCCUGUUGUGAUUGAGGAGCCUGCUGGUAUGGGUGGUGUGCCUGGGUAUCCUACAGGCCAGUUACCUGGCCGUGCUCCUCCCAUGUCUCUACCACAAGCUGAAUUAGCAAGUAUUUCUUCUUCUUCUUCUUCUUCUUCUUCAGAUUCUGGUAAUGGCUCGUGGUUUGGAGGUUGGUUUGGCGGAGGUAAGAAGAAGGAAUCAGAAGUAUCGAGUGGAGGAAGCGAGACGACGAUUUUGGAGAGCUUCGAUGCACCGCCUGUGCCAAAUUUUGAGUUUAAGUAAAAUAUUUAUAUCUGGGGUUUAAGGCUUGAGAUAAGCUGAGAUUUUUAUAUAAGUAGACAAUGAAUUCAAUUGUAGAAUGUAUGGUGUGUGUUAUAGCCGCCUUAUAGGUUACUUCUAAUUAACGAUUAUCGUGCAAUCAGCUGACAUUGUUAUGAAGUUAUCAAAUUAUCAUUCAGGUUAUGCUGAAUUGUACAAUAAGCUUGUAGGCUUUAGUAUUGGUAUUAUUUUCUGUUGUAAAUAAACUACCACUUUAUGGGUCUGAUUCAUAUCUUUUUAGUCAUGAUCUGAUUAUAUUGUUGGUUGCUAGCAUGCUUAUAAA